AUGGAUGAUGGAUUAAUCUUAAUCAGAUUUUAUUUCUGUUUGGGUUUCCAACAAACUGAAAUUUUGGCCAGUUUGGCUCUCAAUCAUGAUAUCAACAUUAGUUUAAGCACUCUCAAACGAAAAUUACACAAAUUGGGAUUGUUCAGAAGGAAGAAUUUCACGGACAUCCUAGAAAUUCAACAAUUCAUUAUAAAAAAUACAAAAACUCAUGGACAAUUACAUGGAUACCGAUGGAUGCACCUUAAAUGCCUUCAGAAUAAUUUAGUAGUUACACAAGACAUGGUUCGUCUUCUGCUCCAAAUUAUUGAUCCCGUUGGUGUAGACAAACUAUUCUACAAUAUGACGAUUUUACGUUUGCAACGUACAUCGAUGCUUCAAUCACCCGUAAUUCCAAUAAAAUGGUUAUCCAAAUUCCAAAUUAUUCCAAAUGCUUUUUUUAAAUAG